UUUGAUUGUUAUUUUCUUUUCAUAUCAACUUUGUAACAAAUAAUCAAUGUUCAAUGUAAAUUCUAACAAGAGGUAUCUUUUUUUUCUUUUUAAUACGGUCACGUGAUCGUUCGGCUGCUGUAUUUUAUACAUUUGUUGUUUGUUUGGUAUUCAGUUAAAGAAACGGAGAACUUUUUUUUGUUUUUGUUUUUAUUUAAAGAAAUAGAAGGAAGGAAGAGUUUAAAGGAUAAUGAAUUUAAACACACAGAUAGAAGUUAUGUCGGCAGACAAACCGUCGACUUCAGACGCUUCCGGUGACGGAGAUACUUCCACGCCUUCUAAACAGGAGCAGGGGCAUCUACAAAUUCAUGCCGCUCUCCAAUCUGGAGGACAGUUGCUGAAAAAUUCGAUUCCAAUUCUUGGUCGAACCUCAGCAGAUCCUAAAGAUCAACAACCAACUGUAUUGUAUGCACAAUUAGCAAAGGCUAUCCCAACUUCUACUACUGAUGGAACUACUAUGAUUACUGGACAGCAAAUAUUAGCUAACUUAGCCCCUUUGCAAAAGGUUCAAAAUAAAUGUUCAUUGCUAAAGAAGAGUUCAACAUCUCAAGGCGGUGUUUCCGGAACGUCGGACAAGUCAACCUUCCCUCCAAAUAUUCUUCAUUUUGUUUCAACUACAAAUAUCAUCCCGAUUGGUUCAGUAGCACCUUCGUCAAAGGGUUUACCACGUUAUAUACUUCCUGUCGGAAAUAAUAUCGAAAAGAUCAAGCAGGACUUGUUACAGUCAUCGAGUAAAGAAGUCGCUGAAUCGACAGAGGACGGCUCUCAGUCUAAUCAGAAAAGUGCUCUAAAAGCAGCAGUAUCUGGUGUUCCUAUUGCCAUAAUUCAGUUGCCGUCCGACGUUGUAUCAAAACAAACUACCGAAGAAAAGCGCCGCCGAAAGCAAACUCUGAAAGCAAAAGAUAGUUCGCCGGCAGCUAAACAAUCUGACGACGAAGUUGCACCUAGAAAAAAGAGGAAAAGAAAGGAAAGCAACGAAGAAGAACAAGUUAAAAGGACGAGAAAAAGAGCUCCUGCCCACCAUAAGAACGCCCUCUAUGAGGCCGAAUUAGAAAAGGACGAAGAAAGGCGUUCUAAGCACGCCAGACGAAAAUCUCAGAGAAAGGCCGCCCAAUUUAAAUAUUGCGACGAUCCAGGUGACGACGAAACCGGUAAACCCGAAGACACGGAGGAGCUGACUGAAGAAACUCCCACGCAAAAUCGACGAACCUCCCGACGUAGUGCACCGACCAGACGCUUCUACGACGACUUUGAUUUUGGUGAGGGUUUAGAGAUAGCCACUCAAUUUGCUUUCAGUGACGAUGAGGAUGACGAAGACGAAUACGGCCAUAGAAAGAAAAACAGGAAAUUACGUUAUAUAAUGGAAACAAAGAAAAAACGACGGAGUCUCAAGAAGGCUGCCGAACAGCCUACUUCUGAUCCGAAUACCCCAACUGUGAACCUUCGUAAAAAUGCAGCUUUACGGGAAGGUCCAGCAGAACUUCGACGACUCGUUGUACAUAGAGAAACGGGUGAAACAAUGCUGCAUAAAAGCUGCCGUCUUGGUCUAUACGAAGCGGCUAGUUGGCUAGUGAAAACCAGAGACUCUUCCGUUGUACAUGCUAAAGACCACGCUGGUUACACUCCGCUUCAUGAAGUUGCUACUAACGGCAAUCAUAAAAUUGGACACCUACUCCUCCAAGCAGGAGCCAAUGCUAACGUCACUUGUAACGAUGGAACACGACCUCUACACGAAGCGAUUGAUGCUGGUCAUAUUCAGUUAGUCAGGCUACUUCUUGCUUAUGGUGCCGAUUUUAACUUUCCAACGUACUCCGGAAGGACACCUCUUUCGCUAGCAAAGACUGACCAAAUGAAAAAAUUCCUUAACGAUUAUAUUUCUGACAUAAAGGGUACAACGACCGAAGUCUGGAAAUUUUCCAGUACAAGUGACCUUUUAGAUGACUUGGAGACUGUAAAAAUCUUUGAUGAAGUACCACAGGAUACGGAUCAUUUACAAGAAAUAGCUUUUGACUUUGGUGACAUACCAUUGUACAGAUUGAAGACGAGUCCGGACGAAAGCGCUUGCGAAUUUUUCUUAUUGGACGAUAUCAUGCGACUGCAUUAUCCAAAUAAAACAGAAACCCAAGUGUUCCAUGAGGAGUUGCAAGAUGCUGUCAUAAUUGAAAUUACUCGCGAUGACAUUUUAGAACAUAAUCUACAAAAGAUCAAUCCAUCAUUUGAAAUUUUAAAUGUUGUUGCCAAAGGUGAAGAAGAGGCGGAUGCUACAUUAAAACUUGUCUUAGCCGAUGAAGAAGUCAGAAAUAUUUUGGGCUUUAGUCAAGUGGCAGUUUCAAAUAAAAGUAAUUUAACAUCAAAUUCCCACCGGAAUGUCGAUUGCUGUGAGGAUAUGAAGAAAUGUCUAGUUGAAAUAUAUAAUGAGAAGGCUAAGGAUUCUGGCCUUACUCCAAAUCCAGUACCUCUAUGUAUGGAUAAACCGCCAAUAUUAUUGCCUGUACAAAGACUUUCAUGCAAUGAACCGCCAUCUCCAACUCAACAGCCCCUUCUAUCGUCUCCCGAAGGUAAGGUUAAACGAAAGCGAAAGAGAGCCAAGAAAGCAGAUAAGGAAGGAGGGACAGAGCCAGAUAAUUCUGAAAGUCAACCGUCCCCGAAACGCAAAAGAUCCACCUCUCCAAAGAAGGUAAAGGCAACAACACAAUUUUUGGAGCCGCCAAGCAGUCUAGGUUUACCUAAUAAUGUUCAGACAACUCCUGAAAAGAAGCCUAGAAAGAGAAAAAAGAAGGAAACUACUACGGCCGAUACGUCUACCGAAAAAGGCCCUCUUCCAAAUGGUUCUCAAUCAUCUCAAUCGGAUGCAUCCCCUAAUCAGGAGAAGAAGGCUUUUCGAAAGAAGAAGCAAAAAAAGCAGGACGAUCCUCAGGUUGCAGUUCAGACAUUAGAUCUGAACUUGAAUGUUCAAUCACCUAAAACGAAGAAAACUCCAAGAAAAAAGAAACAAGCGAAUGAUGAUGAGAAAACAACUGCAAAAGUUAAAAAAUUGUCGGCAAAAGGAGGGUUAAAAGAGAAGAAACCACCAAUGCCAAUAACAGAUUUGGAUAUAGAAUGUAAAGAGACAAUGCCCGAUGCGAAAAAAGAACAUAUCGUCUUAUCGAUGAGAUUCACAACAAAAGAUGCUACGUGUUUAAUAUUUCUGUUCGUGAUAGCAAUAGCCGUGUUUUUCUUCACAAAAGUAUCAAAAGUGAGCGAGGAUGAUGAAUCCGAUCCAAUUCAGAGAAAAAUUAAUCAAUUAAGAUUAAAAGUAGUAGAAACAGAAGGUUUGAGUAGGGACCAUUGGAACGAUGUACGUUUAUUAAAGGAACAAUUACAGUUGCUGCUAAAAGCUAAUCUGAAGCUUAAUUAUAGCAAUGGCGUCAAUGUCCCGGCUAAACUGCAACAAUUUCUUUCAAAUAUAUCUGCAAUAUCUACAAAUGAUGUCCAACACCCUGGUAUCUAUCACUAUUUACCGCAUAUAAUUGGUAAACCUCAGGCACUUAGACCUAGUUUUACAUUGUCUAAAAAUAGACAAUCAGUGUCUAUAGUAGCCGGGAUACCUACGAUAAAGAGAGAGAGGGAGAGUUAUCUAAUUCGAACUCUGUCCUCUCUUUUAGAAAAUUCCAAUGAGGAAGAGCAGGAUGAUUGUUUAUUUAUAGUUUUCGUUGCUGAGCCAUGGGACUUGAAAUAUGUGAAAGAAGUCGCAGCAAGUGUACAAGAGCACUUUCCUGCUGCUGUUGAUAAAGGAUUGAUAGAAGUUAUUGCCCCACCUUCAGAAUUUUACCCUAAUUUAAAUACUUUACAAGAGACUUUUGGUGAUUCUAAAGAGAGAGUUAAAUGGCGAACCAAACAAAAUUUAGAUUUUUCUUUCCUUAUGCUUUAUGCAAGGAACAAAGCAUCGUAUUAUAUACAGCUUGAGGACGAUAUAAUAACUAAAUAUAGCUAUUUAUCCUUAAUAAAAAGCUUUGCAAUUAAUCAGAAAACACCUCCUGAAUGGGUCAUGUUAGAGUUUUCUUAUCUAGGAUUUAUAGGAAAAUUAUUCAAGUCAACAGAUAUACCCCUGGUUGUGGAAUUUUUUAUAAUGUUUUACAAAGAUAAGCCUAUUGAUUGGCUACUAGACCAUUUGUUAUCUGUUAAAGUUUGCAAUCCAGAGAAAGAUGCAAAACGCUGUCGUAAAGACAUAGAGCAAAUUCGUAGACGAUAUAAACCAUCUCUAUUUCAACAUAUUGGAACGCAUUCAUCGCUCAAGGGAAAGGUACAAAAGCUGAAGGAUAAAGACUUUGGAAAACCUCAAUUACAUAAAGGUCAUCGAAAUCCCCAUGCUGAAUUAUCAACAUCUUUAAAAGUCUAUCAAAAGUAUUCAAUAGAAAGAUCGUAUAUAGGAGAAACUUUCUUUUGGGCGUUUACUCCAUUUGCCGGAGAUUAUAUUACAAUUAAAUUUACUCCUCCUAUAUUUAUCGAAAGAUUUUUAUUCAGAAGUGGCAAUUCUGAACAUCCUGGUGAUAAAUUUUUUAACACUACGAUCGAACUAUUGCCUGAAAGUGGAGUUAUAAAUCCGGCUCUAAAAUAUCCAAAGACAUCGGACAACUACCUCAUCGUUGCAAACUUUUCUCUUGGUGGAGAGGCAUCUGCUGUUUUAAAUUCGGGUGUACCUAAAAUACAUACAAUGCGUCUGAUGACUCAUAGUAAUGGAACAUCGUGGGUUAUAUUAAAUGAAAUCAAUAUUGUCCAAAAGAAAGCUCCAUAG